AUUAUUAGUGAAGGGCAGAUUCUGUGAAUGAACCAAAAUUUUUUGAGAAGUGUAAAUUUUACCUCGAAUAUUUUUGCUUUGAUUCUUUUAAUCAAAGUGAAAACUAGGUGUAAUAAGAUGCUUUAGUGAGGUGAAACAUUUUUCUAUGACAGUGACUGUGAUGUGGGAUACAUUGACAAAGUGUUCAAAUGGCAACUUGGCAGCAUUUCUUUCCUACAAAAGCUUUCUUUUAUUUUUAUACCAUGCAAUACAAUUUGCUUAUCAGGCAAAUUGUAAACUAUUUCCUAAUUUUUGAGAAGAACAUGAUCGAAAACGGUUAAUGAGAAGUAGCGUAACAGCAGAAGAUGGUACUCUUAGACCAGUUUAUUCAGAAACAGCAGACGGUGAUAUAUGGUGUCACAUCUGCAAUAUUGCUCUCUUUGGUGCACACAAGUUAUUAACUCACAAUAUCGGUAGCCGACAUAAAAUUAAAUUAGAGGAAUGGCCUUAUCCGGUAUUGUUAUGGUCAAAACGAUCAGAUAUUCUGAAGAAAAGUGCAAAAAAUACAUUAGGAGACUUAGCACCAGGAGAGCCUAUUCCACCUGGUAUGGAAGAUCAGAUUACUCGAACAACUACUAUCCAAAUGAGCUUAGAUAGACAUAGGAGUUCACCUCUAGUUGGUUUGGAAUAUCUGUUAGAAUUAAUUGAUCCUGAAAGUAAUGAACCAAGCUAUACAUGUGUUUUAUGUGAUAAGCGUGGUGAUCCAAGAACAGUCAUGGCACACAUAACUAGCUAUAACCAUCGCAUUACAUAUUUAAAUAGACAUUUUCCUACUAUUUCGCGAGCCAUAACAGAUCUUCCUCGUACAAUUAAUUACAAGCGUGGAGCUAAUGAAAUUUCAGUGUUGGUUGCUAAAAGAAUUGAGCAACAUUUUGGAAGAUUAACACCUCAAUUAGUGGAUAAAAAUCAAUAUGAAAAAAAUAAAGUGCAGUUGAUCAAAAGAAUUUAUCAAGAUUAUCAUUUUCGUGAAACACCAGAACUUACUUUUAUGGAUGUUUAUGACGUACGUUGGGUUACGAAUUUUGAAGAGAAAAUGGCGGAAAUUGUUAGAAAAGAACAACAAGAAAAAGAACAGUUGACAAAAAAAGAUGAAAGUGUUGUUGAUACAAAAUCUAAAGAAUCAUCAAAAACGGAAAACAAAUCGGAUAUUACUAAAUCUGGUUUCAAGAUUCGUAUUUUAACUAAAGAAAAGUUGAAUGCAAUUAGAAAGCCCGAUAAAUCCAACAAAGAGAAUGAUUUAGAGCUGGAAGAUGUGAAAUCUUUGUCUUCCUUAUCGAGCAUUUCGAGCAGUCCGUCGCCUCGAAAGUCAAAAUCUCGAUCCCCUGAACGUAACAAUCAAAAGAGCGGGCCUAGUGAAAGUAAGAAUCGAACCAUCAGUGGCAAAUUACGAGCUCGGUCACGAUCGGCCGAACGUCACAGGUGGUUGAAGUACAAAGAUCAAGUGAAGCGCGCCGAGGAAUCGUUAGAAAGGCAACUCAAGUUCCACGAGAAGAAUCCGGAAAAGCAUCCGGCUUAUCCAGACGAGUGGAAGAAAUUCUGGAAUCGCAGAUACAAAGAGUUACAGGCUGAGGGCAAAGACCCGAGCAAACACGACUUCAAGCCCGAAUGGAUCGAGUAUUGGAACAAGCGUAUGCGUGAGUUGCACGCCGAGCAGGUGAAGCUCCGGCGAGAGGACAUUAAGAAGAAGCUAGACCUCGAGGGUGAGCCACCGAACGACUUGUCGCGUAAACGUCGUUCGCGUUCACCAGCGGAAAAGAAACCCGCAGCCGCUGCCAAAAACGAGAGCGACAAUGAGGUUGAGUACGUCGGCACUAUGAAGAAGCCAGACAAGUACCACGAUCGUUACAGCUCAAGAGACCGCGAGAGGGAAAGGGAUCGUGACCGGGAUCGCGACCGUGAGCGAGACCGGAAUCGUGAUAGAGAACGGGACAGAGAAAGGGACAGGGAGAGGGACAGGGACAGAGAUCGUGAGCUAGGACGGGAACGCGAUAUGGGCCGAGAACGCGAAUAUUUUCCUUCUUAUUCGAGGGGUGGUCGAGGCGGUUACAAGCCGCCGCCGUACUAUCUUCCGAGACCACCGAUGAAACCAAGAUACGCCACCCCAUAUCCGGUCCCGGAUAGGUCCGGUUCACCUGCCCCGCCGGUCGAAGAGAUGAACGAGAACCUGGAGAUCGUUGGCUUGCUCAGGCUACUAACCGCCCUCGAAAACCAAUUAGGCUCGCUUGGGCCAAAGGUUGUGGCUCUCCUUUCUAAGGCUCUAGCUGCUGAAAAAGUCAAGCCUAACUCCGCCGAGGAACUACUCUUCGAUGAGGAAGUGGCUGUUCUUUUUGAGACAGUUAAAGAAAAAUUGAAGGGCCAAUUAUUCGCAGGUAUGAUCGAGAAAGUGGCUGUACCAGCGACGAAAAACGCCAUUCAAAAUAUAGCUCGUAUAGUCCAUAACGCUUCGGAAAAUAAAAAGAAGAUUGAGGAAGAGAAGAAAAAACAAGAGGAGAUUUUAGAAAAAGCUAAAUCCAUUAGUUUCCUUAAUCGAUCAACGUUCCCGCGACCAGUCGAAUUAGAACCUGUUCGUAGGUCUGAGCCCGUGAGUGUACCAGGUAUAGGUACCAUUGACAAAGUGGCUAUAGCUCAGCAAAUAGCUGCUGCUUUGAUAGCCCAGGGUCGGACAAAUGUGUCGCAAGAAGAACUGGAAACACUGAUCAAUGCCGUUGUGGGCAUGGCGGAAGCUUCAAAGAAUAGCGACAAACCAGUUACCACGGCUGACUUUGUUAAAGGAUUGACCAGUAACACUAAUAAUGCGUUGACUAGCAGCACUAACAAUCCAUUGACUAGUAACACUAAUAUUACCACUAAUAAUACGAACAAAGUUGAAAGCGUCACUCAAAGCAUCACUCAAAGCAUCUCUCAGAAUAUCGCUCAAACCAUCAAUAGUGUUAAAGAAACUUUCCGAGUACCGACGCCGCAGCCGGAAAAACCAAUCGAUUAUGCUGAAAAAAUGGAAGCUCUAUCUGAUUCGGAAUUAAAGGCCCUCUUGCAAAAUUUCAAAGAUCUAAAUAAUGACGAACAACACGGCCUCAUUGAUUUUUUGAAGAAGUUGGAAGCUACAGAUUCUGCGAGAGUUGAAAAGCUUCGAGCUUACGUAAAUCUAGGUCCUUCCAAAGUGGAAUCUCCUCCGUUGAAAUCAAUCUCACCGAUUAGUGAGCACGAUGAAAAUAUUAUAAGUAAUUCUCGCAGGAGUAUGUCUCCAUUUUCCAGUCGUAAAGGCACCCAUAAUCCUUGUGAUGAUGAAAAUAAAUGGCAACCAAAGUUGGAUAUGUUUGCUAAUGAUGAGGAAGAAAAGCGAAGAAAGUUCGACGAUAAGUCCAAAGUUAAAUUGGAUUUAUCCGACGACGAUGAUGACUACACAUUCGAGGACAUCUACAAAGCGGCCGAUAAAAAUGUGAUCGAAAAUGAAAAAGCGAAGAAACGUUCUUACUCAAGAUCUAGAUCGAAAUCACCCAAGUGUUGGUCCCGAUCAAGGUCACGCUCACCACCUCAUAAGAAAAAAGAUUACCCACAGUCGAACGACGCUAUUUUAAAUGAGACGAAACGCCUUAUUGCGAAUAUCAUGGGUGAACUGCCAACUAGUAGAUACGUGUCGAAAUCUCAUCUAUCGCCGUUGUCUGAAAGUUCUCAGCUGUCGAAUCCACCACCUCCAACAAGCUCAAUAUUACCGCCAAACUCAAUACCCGCUAUUGCAGGAAAUUUCAGCCAAAGCUAUAAUAAAAUGACUUCUUCUUCAAGUAACGCGCCGAUGCCUUAUUCCUCUAAUCAAUUCCAAAAUUAUCCAACACAGCAUCAAUCACAAUCCUACACUGGUAGUUCUGGAUUUUUAAACAAUGGAUAUAACAACUUUAAUCAAGGAUUUAGCAGCAUGAACAGUCAAACGCAAUACAAUAGUGUUUCGUCCAAUCCGUACCCUCCACCUCAAUCCAACUUUAGUUCGAAUUACGGUGGAGCUUCGUCAAGCAGAUCUUCUUCGUCGUACCCAUCACAACAGUAUGGAAAUUAUUCUCAGCAGCAAAGAUUCUUUUAAAUAGUAAGGUGACCUUUAGUGACUAUAUUUUAAAAUAUAUUACACAAGGACUGUAAUAAUUUGAAUAAUUGGUAGUGUCGAACUUCGAUUUUUUAAAGUCUACUUAAGGUAUUUAAUUUUUACUCAUUACCAUUAUGAAAGUUAAUGCACAUGAUUAGUGUUAAAAAUUACUAAUUUCAUUAAAAAAAUUAAUUCUUUGAACUAUUGUAUAAAUAUACGAUUAUGUAAUUUUCAUGCAGGUUCUGUAUAUUUUAUGCAGCUGUAUUUUCAAAGAUAACUUGCGUGACAUCAUUUUUGUAAAAAC